AUGAAGAAGAAGGAGCAGGAGGAACAGGAACAGGAACAAGAAGAAGCAGCAGCUAAACAACUUACGCAACACCAUUACGUAUACUCAUUCACAGAAGAAAAGCUUGGCCAGGCAGAGAAGACAGAAUUGGAUGCUCACUUGGAGAAUCUUCUUAGCAAAGCUGAAUGUACUAAAAUAUGGACAGAAAAAAUAAUGAAACAAACUGAAGUGUUAUUGCAGCCAAAUCCAAAUGCCAGGAUAGAAGAAUUUGUUUAUGAGAAACUGGAUAGAAAAGCACCAAGUCGUGUAAACAACCCAGAACUUUUGGGACAAUAUAUGAUUGAUGCUGGGACAGAGUUUGGCCCAGGAACAGCUUAUGGUAAUGCCCUUAUUAAAUGUGGAGAAACACAAAAACGAAUUGGAACAGCUGACAGAGAGCUGAUUCAAACAUCAGCCUUAAAUUUUCUCACUCCUUUAAGAAACUUUAUAGAAGGAGAUUACAAAACAAUUGCAAAAGAAAGGAAACUAUUACAAAAUAAGAGACUGGAUUUGGAUGCUGCAAAAACCAGACUAAAAAAGGCAAAAGCUGCAGAAACUAGAAGCUCAGUAAGUAGUAUUGUUUGUUUUUUUUUAACAGAAAAACAUUUAGGUUUAUUGCUUUAAAAUUUGUAAAAUAUU